AUGCAGAACCAAGCCUCUGCGACACCCAUCCAUGCGGCCGCUGCUCCCGCUCACCCCGUCAUAUCUCCUGACCGCGCGCACAUGGCUCGAGAACAUGGCGAGGAGAACAUGGCGAGGAGGGAUCGUUCCGCUGUCACAGCUCGCUUCUGCGGGCAUGCUAUUGGGUUGUUGAGUAAAGCAAUCAACCACGAAUACAUGCCUGCCGGUGGUUGA